GGACUAAAUGUGAUCUGAUUUCAAAUGUGAGGGACCGAAUAAUUCAAAAGAUAAUGUUUUGGACCAAAAUAAAAAAAAUCACAAUAUGUUAAGGACCAAAAUGAGACUUUAGUCAACAUAUAAACAAUAUGACAAUUUUAUACAGUUAGAAAAUAGUAUUUUCUCCGUCCUAUAGAAAUAGGCCAUUUGGGAUCGGCACGAGUUUUAAUGUGUAAUUGAUAAAGUAAGAGAGAAUAAGAAAAAGUAGUUGAAAUUAUGUGAUAGAUUGUGAGGCACAUAAAAGACAAAGGAAAAAGAAGGAUAAUAAAGUUUUUAUAAAUUGAUAUGGACUAUUUCAAUGGGAUGAACGAAAAAGAAAUAUGGCAUAGUAUACUAUUAAUGUACUAGAAUGCUAUCCACCAAUAAAAAUAGAUUGAUUUUAUUAAACAUACCAAAUAAAAAAAGUAUAUAAAAAAAAGUAUUUAAACGACGAAUGAGUUAAUUAAUACUGGUAAAAUAUAAUUUCAGAGUAUCUGCAAUUUCGGUCUGUUCGUCAACGUACACUAAUCAAGCCCCCUUUUCAUUUUUAAAUUUGAACUAAAAAUAGCAACAAAACUCAUAAAUUUUCACCAAAACACCAACAAACUCACGUGUUUUUUUAAAUAAAAACAAAGAAUUUCCUCAACAAAGCAUUUCUUAAUUUGAAUUAGAAACCCAAUGCUCUCUCUCCUGAUUCUCCCUCUCUCUCAAAGAAAUGCUGGAAAUCUGCAUUUGCAUGUAGAAAUCUGGAAUUAGCGGUUGGAGAAUUACGAAAGAGGCUGUUCCUUUAUCUUCCGACACUUACAAUUUUAUUUGAAUUUGAAAAAAUGGCAGCAAAUAUAGGGAUUAUGGACAGUGCUUACUUCGUCGGGAGAAAUGAGAUUCUUAGCUGGAUCAACGACAGGCUUCACCUCAAUCUCUCUCGUAUUGAAGAGGCUGCAUCUGGGGCUGUGCAAUGCCAGAUGAUGGACAUGACUCACCCAGGAAUCGUUCCCAUGCACAAGGUGAACUUUGAUGGUAAGACUGAAUACGAUUUUAUCCAGAAUUACAAAGUGCUUCAGGAUGUUUUUACAAAACUCAAAAUUGAUAAGCAUAUUGAGGUCAACAGACUUGUCAAAGCAAGACCAUUGGACAACUUGGAGUUCCUACAAUGGCUGAAACGCUAUUGUGAUUCUGUAAAUGGGGGUCUAAUGAAUGAGAACUACAAUCCCGUAGAGCGCAGAACUAAAGGUGGAAAUAGAAGUAUCAGGGGUCCACUGAAGAACCAGAAGUCAUUACAGACAAACAACUCUGUUAACUCGGGCUCAUGCGAUGAAGAUCCAGUGGUUCUUAGAAGAAGUAGAAGCAUUGGCACCAAGAAUAUGAAGCCAGGGCCCACCUUGUCUGAGUUCCAAUCAAUGACGAAGGAGAUUACUGAUCUCAAAGUUUCAGUCGAUCUUCUGGAAAAGGAAAGAGACUUCUACUUCGCCAAAUUGCGUGAUGUAGAAGUGCUUUGUCAGACUCCCGAGUUAGAAAAUCUUCCGAUGUCUGUGGCGAUAAAGAAGAUUUUAUAUGCUGCAGACGAGAACAAGGACGCUCUUGCAGAGGCUCAAGAAAUAGUGUCUGAGUUGAUAAAUGCUGAGCAAACCGGGUUGUCCGAUGAUAGCUGAACACUAACUCAAGAGUAGAAUCUAAAUGUGCCAUGGAAGAAAGGAUGCCAAAUCUCUUUAUUGCAUCAUUUUAGUUCAGUACAUCUGCUGAAUUUGGAAAGCAUUUGUUGGAAAUUUGUGUGGCACUUUGUUUUAAAAUUUGUGACAAAUUUAUGGAAUCUUGUGGUUUCAUAUUGAGGUGGUUUAUGCCAAACUAUUGCUCAUUUUUCAAUUGUAUUGUUAACUAUCGACUUUGACCAAUUAAUUCUGAAAUAUAUGAUAAUCCAAAUCUAUGAGUUUAUAUUUUA